AAAAGAAAACAAAGAAAAGAGCUUCGACCACGCCUUGCACGAGAGGGAGAUUUUUUUAUGGUGAUCCUAUACAUUACUUUUUUUACACACACGCGCAUUGGCUUCCGCGGUCGCCUCUAUUCUGCCCCCGGCUUCCCUUCUAUAUUUUAUUUAUUGACACUCGUCGCGACGCUACACGUAUUGACGUAUACUUAUACAUAAGCAUGUGUAACCGUGUGUGAUACAUCAUAUCGUCAUCAGUUCAUUAUCCAACUCUCGUUCAGUCAUUUGUCGAACACUCGGCCAAUUCGCAUUAGUCACCUCGCCCACGCUACAAAAUCUGUAUUUCAACAAUAUGUAUAAUUCUAUAAGUGUUUUUUGCGAUGCGUCGAAUUAUUUAUAAUCGAGAAAAUAUAUAGAAUCAAGAAAAUACAUAUACGCUGUUUCUCAGUGCGUAGAAAACCGGAGUCGUGAGUUGUUGUGCAUUUUGGAUCUUUAAACUCUUUAAUAAUAUACUCUUUCAUCCUUUGAAAAAUACCUGUCCGGUGCUACAUAGAAUUUAUUAUCAAAGGCAACGCGAUACUUAAUUUCAACGGGGCUUUUGUUUAUGUAUGCGCACUGCACGGGCUCCGGAAGCCGGAAGUUGUAUUUUGGAGCACCAAAAAGAAUCGACAAUCCAGAAACUGUACCAUUAUUACUACCCAUCAUCCAUUACAAUAUAUUAAAAUGUCGAAUGACAGCGUCAAAACGUUUGCAAAUCUAGAAACUCCCGGCUAUGUGGGCUUUGCAAAUCUUCCAAACCAAGUGCAUCGAAAGUCGGUCAAAAAAGGUUUUGAGUUUACAUUAAUGGUCGUUGGUGAGUCAGGACUUGGAAAAUCAACGUUAGUCAACAGUCUCUUUCUCACUGACUUGUAUCCCGAGCGAAUCAUUCCAAAUGCAACAGAAAAAACCAAUCAGGUAGUAAAGCUUGAAGCUUCUACAGUUGAGAUUGAAGAAAGAGGAGUAAAGCUUCGCUUGACUGUAGUUGACACACCAGGGUAUGGCGAUGCUAUUGACAAUACAGAUAGCUUCAGAGCCAUCAUCCAGUAUAUUGAUGAUCAGUUUGAAAGAUUUUUGAGAGACGAGAGUGGUUUAAACAGAAGAAACAUCGUUGAUAACAGAAUACACUGCUGUUUUUACUUCAUUUCCCCCUUUGGUCAUGGUCUCAAGCCAUUGGAUAUUGAAUUCAUGAAGCAACUACACAACAAAGUAAAUGUUGUACCUGUGAUCGCUAAAGCCGACGUAUUAACAAAGAAAGAGAUGCUGCGCCUGAAGAAGCGUGUUUUAGAGGAAAUCGAGGAAAAUGGAAUUAAAAUUUAUCCACUUCCCGAUUGCGAUAGUGAUGAAGACGAGGAUUAUAAGGAACAGGUAAAGCAGCUCAAAGAAGCUGUUCCAUUUGCAGUUUGCGGCUCAACUACUCUGCUUGAGGUCAAAGGAAGAAAAGUCAGAGGAAGACUUUAUCCAUGGGGAGUCGUCGAGGUGGAAAAUCCUGACCACUGUGACUUUAUCAAGCUCAGAACUAUGUUGAUCACACACAUGCAAGAUUUGCAAGAAGUCACUCAAGAGGUGCAUUAUGAAAAUUAUAGAAGCGAACGACUUGCUAAGGGAGCACCGGUUCCUCCAAGACGUCAAACUAUCGUCGAAAAUGACAAGACCAGUAUUUCCGAAAAAGAUCGCAUUUUACAAGAAAAGGAAGCCGAACUUAGAAGAAUGCAGGAAAUGCUGGCCGUUAUGCAGGCUCAGAUGCAGCAGCAGCAGCCAUAAGAAAUUUUUAUUUAUUUGGUGCCAAGAGAGCAAUGAUUGCAAAGAGAAAGAGAGAGUCUAUUUCUUGGAUAGUCUGUUUUUAAAAGUCUAAGAUGAAUGCGGGUGUGAAGUACGAACCAGUUGCCUUGCGUUUUUUAAAAUUGAAUCUCAAAGUGCAUAAACGAUUAUGACCAUUACCUCGUGACAUAUAUAUUUCACGUUUUGGUGGAACUUUUUUAUUAAAUGAACAAGAAAGCUGGAGAAGCAAUUUUAAUGCGAGAUUUUACUUCAGGCAAAGACUUGCUUAGAAAAAAAAACAUCGAAACCUAAGAAGUGUCUUAUUACAGUCAUUCUUGUAACAAAUUUUUUACUUUUUGUACUUUUAUAAUCUUAGAGUUUCGUUACCUAGAAAAAGAAUUCGACAGUAUUUAGAGAACAAUUUUCCAACAUUUUGAGAAGUAAAACAGAUCUUUUAGAUAUUAGACUCUAAACUUCCAAAUAUGAUUAUUUAUUUAAUUUUUUCUUUUGCAAUUCAAAAAGUAUACUACAAAGUAUACUUAAAUAAAGCGGCGCAUUGUAAGCGUAUGACACGAAAAUAUAUAUUUUUUCAUAACUGUACUUUACGGACUUGGCAAACACGUUGUUUGUUCACUAGCAUUAUUCUUUCGUAAUUUUUUUUUAAAUGUUUUUUUAAAAUUUUUUUAGAUUUAAUUCAUGCUAUUUGUGUAUUUGCCUAUUCACGGGUAUGUACUUAUUUAGAAAAAAACAUACCACUGAAUAUAUGGAUAUUUUCGAUUAAUUAAUACUUGAAAAUAUUAAUAUAUGUAUAUGAAGCACAGUAUUUAUCAUAGAGUAUACUUUUAAAUGGUAAAGUUAUGAGUAAUAAAAAUAGC